AUGAAGAUGAUACUUUACUCGAUAGAAAUAAGAAAAGAAAAAGAAUGGGGGUUAUUCACAUUUGUUUGCAGAAGCAUCAAUGGGGAAUGGUCUGCCAGGCAAUUGGAGGGAGACAUUAAGAGUUCUGCUGUUUCCACUUACAAGCUCCAAAGGAAACUUGUCCAGGUAGCCGUCGCCUCCGACUCCUCUAGCAGUAUCACCUCCUCUUUCUUUGUCAUCACCCCUAAUUCUGUUGUUUUCCAGGUGAUUACUGGAGGUGGUGGAGGCGGAGGCUUCAUAGGAGUUACUGCUGUUGCUCCUACUGGAAGCACUGUCAUAACCGUUGAAGCUCUUGCAGCUGAAGAGACAAAGAAAAAAGAGAAAGAAGAGAGUGAGGAUGAAGAUAUGGGAUUCUCUCUCUUUGAUUGA